CCCUUUCCUUCGUUGGUCUCGAUCUUUCUUUCCCACGCUCCAAGAAAGAAAACCAGAGGCGCCCCCUUCCGCUUCCGCCGCCGUUCCGAAAUCCGUUUGUUUUCCCACCGUCCAAGCAAGACCAGGGGCGCGCGAUCAAAAGCUGAGACCUCCCAUUCCAAUCGCCAAUUCGCCGUCCCCCGCCCAAAGCUGUUCCUCUCUCCAGUCUCUACCGCCGUCGCUCGUCAGGCUCCUCAAGUGUUAAGAUGGAUUCAAGCAAUGCCCAAUCUGAAGGUUCAGCCCCAUCUGUUCCAAAAAACUCUGCCAUGGCUUCAUGCAGGAAGAAGAAAACUGAUGAUGCUACCUUCAUCGAAGAUCUGAAAGACCACAUCGAUGAGUUCAUUCACGCCUCCAUGGAUGAGCACAAGACCUGCUUUAAGAAGACUAUUCAGAAGAUGUUUGGGAUGUCAAAGGUUGUUGCAGAGCGAUCAGCCGCGGGGGCAAAGGAAGCUGAAGUUGAAAGUGCUCUGCCUCUUCAGACCAGUGUCUCGCAGUAGAAUGUAAUGGUUGUAAUCUGCUGCUCUGUGUUACCUGAAAAGCUGAAGUGCCGGCAGUAGUAUGUUUCUGUUACUGGAUUCUAGUGUUCCAUUCUCCGAAGUUUGCUUUAUGAAUACUAGUAUGUCAUAAAAUAGAUUUUAAAUGAUAGGAGUGCAAGUUUGGCAUUGAAAUAUCGCCGUGCUUAUACAGUUAUACUGGUUUCUGAUGCUUUAAUAAUCAAGUUAAUUCAGGAUCAAUUCAGUUUAA